CUACUCACUCAGGACUCAGCUAAUAAUAAAAGGAAUAAAAAGGAAAAUUUUCAAUUAGUUUUCUGAGUUGAAAUUCCGGUGAGGAAGGUAGGGUUUCUACUAUCAAUUCGAACACUGCAAAAUUUGUUGAGCUGAGAGAUUAUUCGCCGCUGGUUUCGGAUUUCGAAGUCCAGGAAGAGACAACAGAAUGGGGGAUGAAAAGGACGCCUUUUACGUUGUGUGGAAGGGGGAUAUUAUUGGAGUUUAUAAGAGCAUCAAUGAUCUUGAAUCCGUUCUUCGAUCUUCGGUGGAUGAUACUUCAGUUCGCGUGUUCAAAGGGUAUGGCUUGUCUAAAGAAGCUGAUGAGUACCUCUCGUCACACGGACUUAAGAAUGCUAUAUAUUCUAUUGAUGCCAGUGAAGCGCAAAAUGACCGUUUUGGCCAACUUAUCACAUGCCCUUUUCGAGAACCAAAUUCUUCCACAAGUAAAUCAUCUAGCAAGAAUCAUCAAGAGAAGAGACCGCAGCAGGACAUAGUUGGUUCAGCUUCUUUUGCAGCAAGUCCACAAUUAAAACCUUCUAAAUUAGACGAUUUUCUUCAAGGUCUACCAGUUUCUUCUUACUGCAGUUCCUGUAUUAUUGAGUUUGAUGGUGCUUCAAAAGGAAACCCUGGACCAGCUGGCGCAGGGGCCGUCCUGAGAUCAGCCAAUGGGGGCAUGGUAUUUCGGCUGCGUGAAGGUGUAGGAAUUGUGACCAAUAACGUCGCUGAAUACCGAGGUGCCAUUUUAGGCUUAAGAUAUGCUCUCUCAAAAGGGUUCAAAUAUGUACGUAUGCAGGGAGACUCUAAGCUAGUCUGCAUGCAGGUUCAGGGUCUAUGGAGAACCAAAACUCAGAAUAUGGCUGACUUGUGUAAGGUGGCUAAAGAGCUCAAAGAUCAGUUUGCAUCAUUUGAGAUCCGUCAUGUUGAAAGAGAGUGCAACACUGAAGCUGACGCCCAAGCAAACCUUGCAUUACAUCUAAAGAAUGGCGAAAUUCAAGUGGAAUGCGACGUGAAGUGAAGCUCAGUGGACUGCUUUAAGAACGCCAGUUAUUGACAAAUGAAUGACUGCACUUUUUGGGGGGAGCUGACAGUUAAAGUUGUAAAAUAUGGGUUAUGGGGAAGAUAUCUGUUAAAAUGGAACUUCUUUUGAGAAGUUUUUUUGGAAGCUUCUGCUUACUACAAUCGUAUGUUAAUUCAACUAGUGGUCUAUCUAGGCUACAUGUACUAGUAAAUUCUAUUGGUGGAAACAUAGGGAGGGAAAUUUUUGCUAUGAUGGAUACAAGUCCCACUAUUCUCUGUAAGGAGAAAUUUUAACCGUUUAUUAUAUAAUCAUUUGAUGGUGCAAUUGCUGUA